CGGUUAUGGGGGAAGAGACUGUCAUCUUCUCUCGUCUUGGCGGUUUUCGAGUGACGGGAGGUGCUGCCGGCCCACCAGACCUGGAUUAAGUUAGGAGCCCUGGAAGCGCGACUGGAAUAUCACGUGACAUAGGUAGACGCCAAGCCCCCGGACGUUCCCUCACAACAAAUAACACUGGUCCUUCCUUUUCCCCCACACAACUCGCAUCGAACGAAACAACACCUCUCUCCGUCAAAGCCACUGACCUCGGUCUUAACAUCACUGAUUCUUCCUGAAAUUGACGAGUCACGGUCUGAAGCUGUGCAGCCUUAAGUAUCUCAACAGAUCUACGCAAUGACUGAGGUAUGAUAGCUUCCCUUUUUACUCUCCACCUUUGCCUUCUCUAGCUCCUCCGAAUGCGGAGGAGGGAAAAAAAAAACAAGGCGCAACAAACGAACAAACGAUGUGCACUAACCAUCCUAUUAUAACAAAGAUUACCAGAAAGAUCAAGCUCGUCACAACUCAAUCAAUACUGUAUGUGCGGCCCUUUAUGUGUAUCUUUCCGUUUCAAUCUUCCAUCUGAGCUGCGCCUGACUGAUGGGUUUUAUUUUUCUUCGUUCCUUUGCCCUGCAGGACAGAUGUUGCGCCUGCCCACGAGGGGUUCCCGAUGAGGGAGUGGUCUAUUCGUGUGUUCAUCCAAGGGGAGAAAGGGGAGGAGCUACCCGCGAAUAUAUUCGACAGGGUGACAUACAAGCUCCAUCCGACAUUUGCCAAUCCGAAUAGGGGUAUGUUCCUUUCGCCCCGCCUUUUCAAUAUCUUCGUCGCACCGCGGGGAAAUUUAUGAACUUUUGUGUACGAAAAAAAAAUGCUGCGAGAAAAAAUGAAAAAGGAAGGAAAAAAGAGUUGUCUAAUUUAGGUUUGGUGGUGGGAAAUAGUCGUCAAGAAGCUACCGUUUUUAAUCACCGAGCAGGGUUGGGGAGAAUUCGAUAUGGAGGUUGUUCUCCAUGCCAUCGAUAAGGGCGGUGAUCAUUCCAUUCGCCACGACCUUAACUUCCAGAAGAACAAAUACGAGUCCGUUCACUCCAUCGUGAGUCUUCACUUUCUUCUCUUACCGGCGGUGAUUGCGAUUGAUCGUAUAAUUGAUGUGAGAGGCCUUACUAGACCUUCAAUAAUCCGAGACCGAACCUCGUCAAGGCUCUGGCAGCCUCUGGCCCAGUUCCUGGAGCAGACACUGCGGCGCCGGAGGAGAACGGAGUCUCCAAGCGUGACAAGCGUAAGAAUGAUGGAGAAGAGAGAACUAAGAAGAAGAGCCGGAGCGAACGUACCGUCAGUGUUUCCUCAUCCUUGGCAUUUCUUUGCGGCCCCCAGCGUACACUAUCGAACUCCACGAUAUAAAAAUGAAAGGACGAUCUGUUUUUUUUUCUGGUUGCAACGUGCUGACCCGAAUUCCACGGCAAUAGUUCGACAUGGAGAAGCUAGCAGAAGGCCUUCAAAAACUUCAAGAGGAGCAUCUUCUCCAGGUCGUUCAGAUGGUACACGACAAUAAGACUCCCGAGACUUAUAUUAAAAAUGACGUAGAGCGUGAGUGCUGUCUACCUACUCACCUACCUCCCAUCAGGCUAAUCAAGUCAAUUGUAUUAAUUUUGUUUUGUGAAACAGAAGGUGAAUUCCACGUUGAUCUUUAUACACUUCCCUCACACCUUACCCAGAUGCUCUGGAAAUUCGUUCAGGAGUGUGGCGUUGAUGUAUAAUUAUCGUUCUUCCUUUUCCUUUCACUUAUCCUCCGUGUUCUGCUUGCUCGGGUUGUUCCCCUCCCCCUCCUAUUAUUUUAUUUUUUCCCCUUCCUGCGAAAAAAUUAAAAAAAAUCAAAGCCAACCUAAACAAAAUUUGGAAGUUUGGCUUCUUUGAUGUGUUUCUUUCUUUAUCCUCCCUGACCGCGCUCGCACUAUUAUACUGCGCUGCUUACUACAAACUUACCUAUCUAUCAUACCUUUUCAACCGUCAACAUCAUACAUUCCCAAGCAAGCAACUCACUCCUCCGGAACUAGGCGUAAUGAAAUUUUUUCCCCUUCAUUUCUAUUUGCGUUUCUCCUUUUCUUGUAGCCGCCUUCUCAUCUUCUAUUCAUUAUGUUGAUGCUAUGCAAGAUGUCUUCCACACCGUACUUUACUUUACCUCACUCUACUUUCAGGCCCCCCGCCCCCUUUUUUUAGUACUUUUUUUUUCCUUUUUUUGUUGUUGCGGUUCCAUGUCUGGCUGCGAUAGGUCUGGUUUGUUUGGCAUAAAGCAAAUUACUACAGUAUUAUGAUAUGCCCCGGUUCUGGUAUGUAUGUGAAAAAUUUGGUGCCUGUGGGAUGGAAUGGUGGGAUGUAUUAUUAUUAUUGUUAUUACUAUUGUUAUAAUCAUUAUUGUGGCUGGAUGUAUUGGGGGGAUGUGGGAGGUUGGAGGUUGAAAUUUCUUGGUUUUGCGUAGAAUGGGGAGGGGGGAACGACUGAAUUGUAUAAUACUCUUUUUCUUCUCUCUAUCUAUUGGCUACGGCUUUUAUGGGAACCUAUCAUAUGGAGUGGGGUGGAAUGAUAUGCUGGGCGGUGGGGUAUGGUAUCUUGGAAAUACUAUUAUGAGAUACUCGAGUGGUUCAGGUAUCACACUCGGAUUAACCGUUCGCUCGGGUGGAAGUGGGGUGCGAGUCCUCUCGUGAUUUCAACCAGCGUGCCAGUACCGGUAUGUUGGGCUCAGUUUGGCACAUUGCACCCUCACGGCGCAGGGGACGGGGACAGGGGCGAACCAUUAUACCCUCCCAUGUUAAGGCGUCGAGUGAUCUAUCACUCAAGUACAAACGACGUCACAAGCGUCCCUGGCUGGUGGCACACCAUGCAUGUGCGGUACGAGUACAAACGGGUACAGUACAAGCAUGAUACGUAUGAGUACAAAACCGCAAAUCCAUCGGGUAUUGACUACCACCACCGCCACUGCUACCGUAAACCCUCCCUGCCCGGCAAUGAACAGUACUACGGGGUUGAUAAAAUUACGGUCCACUUCCAGAUGCGGGGGUGGCACUUUGUAUAUGAACCAAACCAAGUUAGGAAAUCUGAGUGAUAGCUGGUGAGAAGAUUUCUGGUGUUGGCAAAAAGUCAGGUCCACUGCCAAAUGGGGAAGUGCUAUGAGUAAUAUCUUAUGAGUGCAUGUGUGAUGAUAAAAUGUAUACAAAACUGAAUUUUACAAAUUAAUAUCUUGUUGGUCUCUCUUAUUAGUAUCAAUUACAGCUUAAAGGUGUUGUAUUAUUGAUCUUAUUAGGUGUUCAAUAUAACAGAAGCUUUCUUAGGAACAUGGAUUCUAAGGAUAUGACUACAUCUAACUUGAGACUUCAUACAUACAGCACUUACAGAUAUAAAGAAUAAAGUAAAUAGUAAAACUUAAUAUGAUUAAGUUGAAGCUUUAUUCAAUUAAGGUCUUAAGAGGAUGUUGAUUGUGUUGGAGGUAGGAGAGCUUAAGUACAAUCUUUAGUAAGUAGUUAAACUUAUAUUAGAAACUUGCUCUAUCAGGAAAAACAAAAAUUGCUUGCCUUUGGUG